GGAUUCAGUGUGCUGUGACUCGGGCGGAGUCGGCAUUACUGUCGGGAAACGAGCCCAAUUAUUAAGUUAGAAAGUAGUAAAAAUAACCCAAAUAGAGGGUUGAAAUUCACCCCACUGUUGGAUGUUAUUUCCACGAAGACGCGUCGUCUGAGGUGGGCUUUAUAGCAGUUGAGCUGCGUAGGUUAGCUGGAGAGCCGCCGUAAGCUGGAGUUACGGGAAGGGAAGGAGAUUUUCUCGGCCCUGCUAUUCAUGAACGGGCCCCUUGCAACUUUAAAAAAAAGUUAACAGAUACAAUUCAAUCUCUCGUCAUAUUCUCCAGUACCCGGUUCGAGUUACUUUAUGAGAUCCACAGAAACAGGCCUCACACAGAUGGGAGCGGUGUGUCUGCAGCACCUCGAAGGUGCACUCAAUCACUGGACCAUUAGUUUCACAUAAUCCACCAGUCAAGACAGACUAUUCGAUGUGGAUGAUGAUAAUAAAGGCUUAAAGUCUUUGGAUCAAGACACUUUGUUUAGACUCUUACCUGGUAUCCACAAAGUUGUACAUAGAACCUGUGAGGAGCAGAACAUUAUUGAAUAUUUGAUACAACACCCAUCAAGAUGAGUGCAGAAGGAUAUCAGUACAGAGCGCUGUAUGACUACAAGAAAGAGAGGGAGGAGGAUAUUGACUUGCAUGUAGGGGACAUUCUUACUGUCAGUAAGGGUGCACUGCUUGCAGUCGGCUACAAUGAGGGUAUGGAGGAGAGACCAAAUGAAAUCGGUUGGCUGCCCGGCUUUAAUGAAACCACUCAGGAAAAAGGGGACUUUCCUGGUACGUACGUAGAGUUCAUCGGAAAGAAAAAGAUUUCUCCGCCAACUCCCAAACCGAGACCCCCAAGGCCUCUACCUGUGGCCCCAGGGCCCUUCAAGCCAGAUUCAGACUCUGAGCAAGGCACUAGCAUUCUGUUAGACCUGACGGAGCAGUUUGCUCCUCCAGAGAUGGGGCCGCCCAUGCUGCUCAAGCUGCUAGAGGCGAUCGAGAGAAAAGGUCUAGACAACCCAACGCUAUACAGAAACUUCACUGCUGGAGGAGGGCUUGAUGUCAGACAGUGUUUUGAUGGUGACUCAGCCUCAAUCGAUCUCGAGCACAUGGAACUUCAGAUGUUGUGUGAUGGUCUGAGGAGGUUCCUUCAAGAUCUGCCUCAGCCCGUCAUCCCCUCUGCAAUCUACAGCGAGAUGAUGCGCAUCGCUCAAGAGGUGCAGGGUACAGACGAAUGUGCACAUCACCUGCGGCUGGUUGCCAGCUCCUCUGCUCUUCCUCCGCAGUACUGGCUGACCCUGCAAAGUUUGCUACGGCACUUCUCUCGUGUGUGCCAGGCAUCAGCGGCCAACUUGCUCAGUGCCCGCGCCGUCGCUGAAAUCUUCAGCCCGACACUCUUCAGAUAUCAGCCCGCCAGCUGUGAGCCCAGCCCAGAGACACACAUUAGGAUCAUUGAAGUCCUUGUGACCAGUGAAUGGAGUGACAGUCAGGCGGCUCCAGCACUACCUCCCAAGCCACCCAAACCGACGACUGUCACUAACAACGGUAUGAACAACAACAUGGCUCUGCAAGACGCUGAAUGGUACUGGGGGGACAUCUCCAGGGAGGAGGUCAACGAGAAGCUUAGGGACACAGCCGAUGGUACAUUUUUGGUUCGAGAUGCCUCCACUAAAAUGCACGGGGAUUACACUCUCACAUUGAGGAAGGGUGGUAACAACAAGCUGAUCAAGAUCUUCCAUCGAGAUGGGAAGUACGGCUUUUCAGACCCCCUGACCUUCAACUCUGUGGUUGAACUGAUCAAUCACUAUCGGCACGAGUCGCUCGCCCAGUACAACACCAAGCUAGAUGUGAAGCUAUUGUAUCCUGUGUCCAAGCACCAACAGGAUCAGGUGGUAAAGGAGGACAACAUUGAAGCUGUUGGGAAGAAGUUGCACGAAUACCACCAGCAGUUUCAGGAGAAAAACAGAGAGUACGACCGACUCUAUGAGGAAUACACUAGAACAUCACAGGAAAUCCAAAUGAAAAGGACUGCUAUUGAAGCUUUCAAUGAGACCAUAAAGAUCUUCGAAGAGCAGUGCCAGACGCAAGAACGGUACAGCAAGGAAUAUAUCGAAAAGUUUAGGAGAGAAGGCAACGAGAAGGAAAUCCAAAGGAUUAUGGGAAACUAUGACAAGUUAAAGUCACGCAUCAGUGAAAUAGUGGACAGCAAGCGGCGUCUGGAAGAAGAUCUAAAGAAGCAGGCGGCGGACUACAGAGAGAUCGACAAGCGGAUGAACAGCAUUAAGCCUGACCUCAUCCAGCUCCGGAAGACCAGGGAUCAGUACCUCAUGUGGUUGACACAGAAAGGAGUCAGACAGAAGAAACUCAACGAAUGGCUGGGAAUCAAAAACGACAACCAGGAUGAUCAAUACUCAAUGGUGGAUGAUGACGAGGAUUUGCCACACCAUGAUGAACGCUCAUGGAAACUGGGCAACAUUAACCGCCUCCAGGCCGAGGCAAUUCUGCGGGGCAAGAGAGACGGAACAUUCCUGGUCAGGGACAGCAGCAAAGCUGGAUGUUACGCCUGCAGUGUUGUUGUGGAUGGUGAGGUCAAGCACUGCGUCAUCAACAAGACACCCACAGGAUAUGGCUUCGCUGAGCCCUACAACCUUUACAGCUCACUCAAAGAACUGGUCUUGCACUACCAGCACACGUCCCUGGUUCAGCACAAUGACUCUUUGAAUGUCACGUUAGCAUACCCAGUCUACGCACACCAGAGGCGGUGAGGACUAGUUGAGGACACCCUUAGGACUCAUUACAAAGCCGGGAGUUGAGAAAGGGCCUCCCUCGUGUGGAGACUCCUCCAGUAGGGCUGCUGCUUUUUGACUUGAAAUGACUUUGUUGGAAAGACAAGAAAGCGAACCCCAAAACGAACAUUUCAGCCACUGAGACUUUUGCCAGUCUGAAUGUAGUUUGAGCAGAAACUGCUCAACUUUAUCUCUCUCUCCCGAAAUGGAGGACUUUGGAGGCCUUUUCCAAAUGGUGCUUGUUCAUUUCAAAGCUUUACCCGCUGCUGGAAUGUGGAGCGUUGACUUAAACCUCUGGAGGGCAUCUUUUUUACCUCUUCUGCCCCAUACCUGCUCAGUUCAGGUCCCUUUUUGUGUGUAUGUGCGUGUUUGUGUGUCUACGAGCGAGCGAGAGAAUGUGAUUUGACCAAAACUCACAGUAUCUAAAAGCUAUUGGAAUGUUCAACACGUUUGUCACGAACAGACCAUGGAAUCAGCUGAUCAAAUGUAGCAAGAUGGCACUUUCAAAAUGGUAUCUACUAGUUUUCCUGCAAGAGACUCCUACACGAAUGUUUGAUGUGACAAGCCUUGUCUGAAAGGAGUUUAGCGACGAGAAGCGAGAUGUUUGAUGGCAUUUUUUUUUGUGAGCAUUAUAAUGACAGACUCUAAACCAUUUUUUCAUUUAUGGGCUGGACUUUAAGGAACUGAAACAUAGACUUCACGUUGUGUACAUACAGAUAGCAUCUAAAGCUACGUGACAAAAAAAAAACAUAUUGUACCAAAAAGAAACGCAGUUCCUUCUCAGUUGUAUUCUAAUCUGCUAUGCAAAUUCUGUGUUUUAUGUCUUCUGCAGAAUUGUGAUUUUAUUUUACACAUUGCUACCAUAAUAUAAACUUGUUUUUAUUGCUUAAAGUCUUUUUUAUGUCAGUAUCUAAGAGGAUAUUUUAAGUGUCAAAACGGCAAGAAAGAUUGCUUCGUUUUACAGAGGAAGUGAGAGAAAAAGUACUUUAUUACAUAUUUCUUUAUCAGCCGCUGGUCAAAUUAAAGAGUAUUUUAUUAGUCUUUUUCACUUGGAGCUGAUUUUCUCUUGGGCAGAGCCUGGAGGACAUUAGUGCUGCUUCUGUCUACAGUAAUGGUGAUAUAUAUAUAUAUACUGUAUAUAUAUAUAUAACAUUUUCACUAGAGCAAACAAACGAAUAAAUUUACAAUUGAAAUCACUGCAAUUGAAUGCUUUAUGUCAAAUAACACAAUAAUGCAGUUUCCCAAACAAUAUAGAGGUUUAUAUUGUUAUAUGUUCCCUAAUCAAGAGCAUAGCGAUUUGAUCCUCUGGAAUGAUGGAAAAAACACAUUUAUUGAGGUGAUAAAGACCCUCUCAUUCCUUAUCGACAUAGUAUUUUUUCUGUAUCAGAAAAUCCUUAAUAGUGUUGUUUACAUGAUCAACUCAGUUCGACUAGUACCCAACGUUCUAGUUUGCGCCACAUACUCAGAAAUGCAAAGUCUACGAUUUGGAUGCAUCAAAGUUAGGGGUACCUUCAAGCUUGACAUUUUUCACGGCUAGCUAGCUACAGUAUUCUCAACUUUAUGAUUGGUGAUGUCAGUAUUGCUUUUGCCUUCCAUUCUUGUCUACGUUACAUUUACACUUGGCAAAUGCAUUGGAUGUUUUGCGAAAAUAAACAUCAAUGUGAGAUGAGUAAUUAAUGCAUUAUUUUUCCAUGUCAUUUUUUUUUUUUUUUGGUCAGCUUUGCGGUCGUAUAUUUUUACAUUCGAUUGACUACUUGUUUUAAUUAGGCCUGAUUGCCUUAAAAUUAGUUAGUUGUUCAUAUUUUUUUAAAGCAGGCAGGACUGUAGAAACGGUUUCCUGAAUACUAGAACGUCUUCGGUGUAAGAUUUUCAAGGAGAAUGUUAAUACUUGCAUUUCUCACAUUCAUAUGCACAAUUGUCCUUUACAUUUAUCAUUUGCCCCACGAGUUAGCAUUUCUGUUUUUGAAAUUUGAAUGUUUCUUAAAAUGAUAUGAAGGCUCAGCAAAGUCCCCUUGUCACUGAGUAAACUAACACGUGGUUUGAGGCGAAUGUUUGAACUUGGUAAGCAACUUAACUUUUACUGCUUGUGAUUUUGAAAGUGUAAAAAACAUGAUUUGAAGAUUAAUUUUCUUUUAAGUUUUUCAUAGAAUCUUUACAAAUUGACCCUGUAAACAUACAUACUUGAUCUGUAUGUUUCUUGGUAACCUAUCUAAGGCUUUGUUUUUGUCAUCUCCCCUUCUACAUGUUGUACUCUUCACCUUCUGCAUAAAUGCCACAAACUUCCGUGUUUUACAUGAUCAUGGUAGUCCUUUUUCUGCAGCCCCUGUUCUCUGAAUUUCUUGCAACAUUUUGUGAAUCCAAUGUUUUGUUUUUUUCUUGAAAUUGUAUAGUAUUGAUUUACAGACAUUGUUUCCACAAUGCUGAAUUUGAGAUUAACCAGUGUGUUCCAGUUCUAAAAAUGCUUCAAAUCUGUAUUGGCUUUUUUUUAUUUUUAUUUUUAUUAUUUUUUUUUU